GAUUCUACAGGAAGUGCCCAGCGUUUAGAGAUUAUUAUGAAACGAAUCCGUAUUUUAUCUAUCAACAAUGGUGUCACUUACCAUUUUUCGGAUUAUUUGCACAUCUGAGGCUCUCCAUAUUUUACCAAAAUUAUUUGCAAACCGACGAUGUUUAUCAAAGACUUCAAUUUAUGCGACGCUAUGCAAAAACUUUAUCAACUUCAGCAGUAAAGACACACAAAAUAACAGCUGCUUUAAACCAGUAUCGGAAAGUACAGGGAAACAUGUCAGUUCACUGCUAAGGACUUUCAGCACAGCCUCAGAGAAGCUAAAUUGUUGGAAUUGUGGACAUUCUGUCGAACAAACUCCAGCCUUCUUUUGUAUAUUUUGUAAUUUUGUCCAGCCUCCAGAUGAGGGAGCAUCCUACUUCCAGAUUAUGGAUUGUGACCAAACCUUUGCACUGGAUACCCAGAGGCUACAGAAAAGAUACCUGGAUCUCCAACGCACUCUACACCCUGACAACUACACCCAUAAAACUGUGAAAGAACAGGAGUUCUCAGAAUAUCAGUCAGCCUUAGUGAACAAAGCCUACAGGACUCUGCUGAAGCCUCUGAGUCGUGGCCUUUACAUGCUGGAACUGAAGGGCAUGCACAUACAGGAGGGGACUGACGCUGGGGCUGAUCCCACAUUCCUUAUGGAAUUGAUGGAGAUCAACGAGGCCCUGGAUGGGGCCCGGAGCAGGGAAGAAGUGGACAAGAUAGGCGCCGCCACGAGAGAGAAACUGAAUGACUUGACUAAACGGAUUGAGGCAUCGCUUCACAAAGGAGAGCUUCAAGCUGCCAAAGCAUUUCUCGUCCAAAUGAAGUACUUUGCAAACAUUGAAGACAAGGUGAAAGAAAAACAUUCUGAGCUAAUGUAGACUGUUUCAGGUCUAUUAAGAAUUGUAAAAUGUUAAUAGAUUACCCAUUGCCAUCCUCUAGUGCAAUGGAUUGAUGAUUCUUAAGGAAAUUACAUUGAAAAUAUAUGAUGAAAAUACACUGUAUUAAAAAUCUUUAAACUGAACUAACUCCUCUGCAGUAGGUGUCUAACUAAUACAAUAAUAAUAUAGUCUUAAGCUGUUGUAAUUAAACAAAAUGCAUAAUUUACUAUGACAGAUAAAACGUUAUAUUAACUAUUUUAAUAUGCACCACCAUCAGAGAAAGUUACCUGUCAUAAGUCACUGGGUUGGCAGGUCUUACUAUUAAUAAUAAUAAUGACUGUCAUUAUUACUCUGCCUAUAAUGUCCUCUUUUUGAGUUACUGUGUGAUGCAAAUUGAGACUAUACCCCACUGCACCUGUAGAGGGAGACACACUUCCUUGGAUAAUGUAGGAGAAGGAAUGGCAGCAAGUCUUUGUCUGCCUGAACCAAACAAAAUAUGAUUUGUGUGUGACUAUGCCACAUGUUACCUUAAUGUCAUGGUAAUCAGACAGUAGCUAUUAAGCAAAGAGUAAAUGCCUUUUCAGAAGCUCUCAG